CAGUGGAGCGGAGCGGGUGUGUGCGCGUGCGCACUGGGCCAGCCAGCCGCGGCCACACCGGCUUCCUGCGAUGGCGGCGCAGAUAGACUGUGAAUUUCUAGUGAAGAAAGCUCGGGAUUUAGUCACGGACGAUCCUUGGGCCGCCAAAGCCUGGCUAAUUACCGCCAGAACCCUGUACCCUACUGACUUCGGGAUUCAGUACGAAAUGUAUAUGAUUGAACGGAAUGCUGAGAGAACGGCUUCAGCUGGAAGAAUCCUUUAUGACAUGUUUGUAAAUUUUCCUGAUCAACCAAUGGUUUGGAGAGAAAUAAGUGUUAUUACAGCAGCACUGCGUAAUGAUGCUCAGGACAAGCAGACACAGUUUUUACGAGGUCUGUUUGAGACUCUUCCAGGUCGAAUACAAUGUGAAAUGCUCCUCAAAGCCACAGAGCAAUGCUUCAACACAUUGGAAAGGGCAGAGAUGUUGCUGCUUCUUUUGAGACGCUUCCCAGAGUCUGUGGUACAGCAUGGAGUCAGCCUUGGUGAAACUUUCUUGGAAGCUGAAAACAUGGAUGAUCAAGAUUCACCUGUCAACUGUUUUAGAAAGUUAUUUGUAUGUGAUGUCUUACCUCUAAUUAUUAAUAACCCUGAAGUGAGAUUACCUGCUAACCUGCUGUAUCAGUAUCUUCACAAGGCAGCUGAGUUUUAUAUUGGUUACUUGACUCGAUCACCUUCAUUGGAAAGUCAGCACCAAGGUUCCCAAGACUCAGCUGAUUUAAAGUCACCUACCAAGCGGAGCACCCAGAAAUAUAUUAUAGAAGGCUUGACUGAAAAGUUAUCCGUGAUAAUAGAACCCUGGGAUAGAUUGUUUGAAAUCCUAUCUAUCGUGGCAAUGAGGUGUGAGUGGCAGAUGGACAAAGCAAACAGGAGUUGUGGUGAAAUUCUGCACAGAAUGAAAGAUUUAUGCAGAUAUAUAAACAACUUUGAUGAUGAAGGCCACAGGAAAUAUAAGCAUCAAGUUGUUUAUUCCACCCUGUUGGUAUUUUUCAAGAAUGCAUUCCAAUAUGUUGGUAGUAUCCAGCCAUCUCUAUUUCAAGUGCCAAGCCCUUCCAGCAACCAGGUUCCUCUUAUUUUAUUGGAUGAUUUGUCAAAUAUCUAUGGUGAUGUGGAUAUUGAUCGCAGUAAACAUAUUCAUAAAAGACGAAAACUUGGAGAUGGGAGAGAAAAAACAUUGAGUUCAGAUGAUGAAGAAUGUUCCGGCAAAUUGCGUAGCCGCCACAUUGUUGUCAAUAAGAUUGAGCUGCCAAAUUCAGUAGAUGUGCUUGAGAGCUUUAAAGUUGCAAGAGAAAGUUGGGAGUUGCUGCAUUCCCAAGAGGCUUUAGAAAAAGAAUUCACACGGACAUGUAUAUCGUGGAAGACUGAAACCUGGCUAUGGCUGAGAAUAUUUAUAACUGACAUGAUAAUAUAUCAGGGUCAAUAUAGAAAAGCGAUAAACAGUCUUCACCAGUUGGGUGCUCUUCAGGGAACCCAGCAGCAUGUCAUAAACCGGGGCACACUCGAACAGCAGAGGGCAUUAAUCCAAAUGGCUGCCUGUCAUUUUGCAUUGGGAGAAUACAGAAUGACAUGUGAUAAGGUGUUGGAUGUUAUGUGUAGCAUCAUUCCAUGUACACAGGAUGUGGUGAAGGUACAGGAGGAAAUUCCAAAAGUGAAACCUAGAUUCAGAAAAGGUUCAGAUCUUAAGCUCUUGCCAUGUACUAGCAAAACUAUGAUGCCAUAUUGCCUUCAGCUGAUACUGGCUUGCUUUAAGCUGAGAGCCUUUACAGACAUCCGAGAUGAUCUAGCGUUGGGUCAUGUGGUUGUACUGUUACAAUUGGACUGGCCUCGAGGAGAGAACCUUUUUCUCAAAGCUGUUGAUAAAAUCUGUCAACAAGGGUCUUUUCAGUAUGAAAAUUUCUUCAAUUAUGUCACAAACAUUGAUAUGUUGGAAGAAUUUGCUUAUCUUAGAACUACAGAAGGUGGUAAAAUUCAUCUUGAACUGUUGCCAAAUCAAGGCAUUCUCAUAAAGAAUUCUAGCCCUCCACUGGGGUUACUUCCACAGGAGUUCAAACUGCAGCCCAGCAGUCAGGCAGCUGACAGACAUCAUACCGUAACCCGGGGUAUCACAAAGGGAGUGAAGGAGGACUUCCGGUUAGCAAUGGAGCGACAGGUUUCUCGUUGCGCAGAAAACCUAAUGGUUGUGUUACAUAGAUUUUGUAUUGCUGAGAAGAUCAUAUUACUCCAGACCUUGAUGUGAGGGAUAUUAUUAAACUCUUUUAGAAUAUAUGGAUGGUUAUGUCAUUCUGUCUUUUGCUGUUGUGGAUGAAAGAUGUACUGAAUUUUCAACAUUAAUGUUCACCUAAGCAGAAUUCAAGCAAAGACAGGAAAGUACAUUUUAUUUCCAGCUCCACUGAUGUUACCAAUAUACUAAUUCUUAAAAGUGCUCCACUUUUGAAGAACGUGUGCAUUCAUUAAAGCUCGAGGUCGCUGUGCUAAAAGACUAGAGUAUUUUUCAUUCCAUUUUCUGCCAUUGAAUGGCACCAUUCUGGGCAGAUCUACAGUUAUGUGUGGAGGAAAUUUCACAAUGGAUCAGCAGUUUGCUUUAGCCUCAAGUCCCAUCAUCAUAAGAACACACUCAACUCACCAAUGUCCAUUUCUGUAUUUAUUGCACCAGGUUACUAAAUCACUGACUGUCAGAUCUUUGGAAAAUUAUUGUCAUAUUAGUAUUGUGCAUUUAACAUCACACCAAAGCCUUUGGUUGGUUUUCCUUAGGAGAUACCAGCAGAAGUAGUAUUUUCUAUUUCUCUAUCACUCACGAGCUUAAGAUGAAGGGAGAGUGCUGUAAUUCUUUACUUCUGAUCCAUAAUAUAAUGGUAAAACUGAAAAUCAGAGAUCAUAUAUUAACAUUCAUCCCAGUAUUCAGCCUGCCUUGUAUUAAGAGAAAAUUUUAUUAGCAUAUCAGUUGCAAUUCCAAAAGUAGUGCAAUUCUGUCCAGGGCCUCGACCCGAAACGUCACCUAUUCCUGUUCUUUAGAGAUGCUGUCUGACCCGCUGAGCUACUCCAGCUUUUUGUGUCUAUCUUCUGUUUAAACCAGCAUCUGCAGUUCCUUCUUGCACAUUAUCCAGUACUACUACAGAUUAAUCAACAUUGUCCAGGCAGAAUACCUCUUUCUGAAGUUUGUUUUUCCCCCAUUUGUCCAUGUUGUAUAAUGCUGAAACUCGUAUCUAAAAUUAUUUGCUUCUAAAGAAAUUGUGCAUUUUGUUUCCAAUGUUUUUCUUCUAGCCACAAACACAGAAAUAAUAAUUCCUCUUAAUAUCAGAAAUAGAAUCGCAGAACUUAUUUACUGUGGCAGGGAUCUUGAAAUAAAUAUUUCUGAAGGAAAUGUAGGAUGUUUUGAAAAAUCAUCAAACUAUGCUGUUGUACAUUUGAUAAUGAUUAUAGGUGAAAGACUUUUUAAGUUUAUUUUUAUAAAUUUACACUUGUGAAAUGUUGUGAAUUUGGAAUUAACAGCUAAGAUUGGUGAUCCUAGUGUAAACAUUUUUCCACUUAUGCGGACCUUAAAGUAAUAUCAGUUAAAUGUUUAAAUUAAUCACUUUUUAAAUUUUCCAAUUUUGUUUACAACUAAAGGCUGAUGUAAUGAAAAAGGUUAAAAAUGUUUAUACAGUUAUUGUCUUUCUUGCAUUGGACACCAGCUAUAUCUGAUGAUCAGUAUUAAUUACACAACCAUAACUUGGUAGAACUUGUUAAAACUUUUUUUGUUAUUUAUCCAGGUAUGUAACAUCAUGACAGUUGAUUGAGAUAACAUUCAGACAUUCCAAGUCCAGAUCUUCAGUGAACUGCAGAGUUGUAGAACAAGUAUUUGUUUGAUCAAAAUAUUUGGAGUAUGUGCCUGCGAUAACCUCUUGCAGCAGAUCUCCAAAAUUAAAAUGGUAUCAAUUUUAAUAACCAUUCCAAGGCAAUUAUAUUUUAGAGAAUCAUUAAAAAAAACCAUUUGCAAUGGUUGUUUGCUAUAAAGAGGAAGGGUGAUCUUAUCUGAAAAUGAUUUUGAGAGAAAGGGAACACUCGACUUUGGGUAUCAGAAUAGUGGGCCCACAGCAUGAGGCACAGGGACUAAAAAUCUUCACACGAUUUAAGCCUCCAGCAUUACAUUUUAUUCUCAGAUUUGUAUCUAUUCAAUUUAUUUGUGUGUGAGAUAUUCUGUUUAAUUGGUUAAACUGCCAAAGCUGAUGCCCAGAGCUUUAGUAGAACAGUGACUCAUGAUAGUGUGAAUUUAAGAUGCAAAAGGUAGAUUAUUUUACAGACCGAUUAACUAUUUAUGUUUUGUGUGUAUUGUCAUUUGAAGGCAGUGUGGGUCUCCUAAUCACCAGAAAAUAUCUAUUUUUUGUCGAAUUCUUGUACAAAUGUAUAGAACACUUGUUAGUUUUUAUGGAAAGCUUUUUCUGAAAAAAAAAAGCCUUUUGUUGAUUUGUUGAAAUUGGGACAUAACUGUCUUUUUCUCCUAUGACAAUUAAAGGUAUGAAAUGUAUAACA